CCCCAAACCACUUCUACAGCGCAGUUGUUGUGGUAGUUAAUAAUGGCGGCAGUGGGAGGUGGAUUGUCAGCCUCUGCUGUUCUAGCUGGCGUUAACACUUCAACCACAGUUCGCUGUCGCUUUCCAGCUCGACCAUGCACAUCCCGCAGCCAAGCACGAUCAGAAAGGCGUUUGCGAGUUGGUCGACUGUGGACUGGAGAUGGAAAGACUGCCUCAAAGGGCCCGAGGCCCGUCAACAUUGGACUUACGUUGCAAGAAGACCCGUCACUACUGCGCUUACUUCGGAUUGCAGAAAAACACAAGCGCAAGAGAGAGGCGGGUUUCGACUCAAGCGGGAGUGAGGAGGAGGACAAUUUUGUUGGUUUUGGAGUCGACGGUGGCAGAUCUCUACGCUCCUCUCGCAGUGGAUCACAAAUAGGCACUCCCCUGAAGUCAGUGUUGUCGCCGGCGGAAAAGCCUCCUCCUGCCCCAGACCUGAUAGAAGCCAAGGAUGCAGCUCCUCCACCAGCUCCCGCGGUCUCAGAGAUCAAGCCACUCUACGGGAAGGUUGUUAAGAGGGGCGAGAGAAUCCGGAAAGAUCAACCCUCUACCGUGGUACCAGGGGCAAGGAACACGCCCAAGUCAAAACUGGUCGUUAAACUUGCCGUCAAAAAGACCACAAAGGAAGUCUUGCCACCAAAAACAGUGAAGGCUGAACAGGCCUCGAAAGGCAAAGGCUCAGGUGCUGAUGGUAGACAACCAGCCAAAGCCUUAGCUAAGAACCAGAAGGUCAGGAAAUCGGUAGUUGAUUUAACUAAUGAUGAAGUGCAAGAACUGAACACUGACGGAAGUAGUAAAGGUAGAAAGCAGCUUACCCUGCAUAGUCCGACAAGCAGCGCCACUAGUGACACCAUUCCAAUUAUUAGAGUGCUGAAGGACUCCAAAGUUGAGCUAGCUGGAUCUGCUAGCCCCGCACCUGUUGAAAGUGAAGGUCCCUCACAGAAGAAGCAAAGCAAAGUUGUGUGGACUCUGACUUUGGUGAAAGGCCAGGGUAAGACGUCCGCUGUAAGGAGGUCGCCCACCGAGGUCCGUAAAAGCACGGGCCCAAUGCUUGGGAAGUUUGUGAAGAGAAGUAGACCUGCCGCUCAGGAGGAAGGCUCAGAUUCCUUAGGUAGUCCGACUCGUGGAAACAGCGUCCCGUCCGCUAGUACGAGCCCUGGCAGUCAGAGGCGAAACCCCAGUCAUUUGCUUUGGAUACCGCAGAAACGGAGGACGAAAGACAUGGGCAGCAGCUCGGCAGUGGCGGCAACGACUGUGGCUGUGUCGCCCAAGCCUGUCGGCAAGCAGAGGAGAGUUUCCAAGGGAACAGAGGGGUCACCGGAAGAGGGUGCGGAGGCCGGGUGGGAGAGCGGACACGGACCUUCUGAUCAGCCCGCUACCUCGUCGGGAAACUCAGUGAGCAGGAGACCUCCUUUCAAAUUCAAAAGACGCAAGUCUAAGUUAAACAUGCGACGGAAGCCCGGUGUCCAAAAAACGGAUCCGUCUACGGAUAGCCCAGUGAAGCGGCGCAAGCGGAAGGUUGCCGGUAACAUUUACGAGCCCUUGGUAACUUUAAAUUCCGAGAACCAGGGGGAGCAACAGGUAGAGGUGUCCUGUGCCCCAGGAAACACCGAGCUGGCAUCAGCGGAGGGCACGCCGUCAGUCACGCCUGUGGUCAGCGGUCGGUCCUCCCGAGUCAUCAAGACGCCCAAGAGGUUUCUUGACGACGAGCGAAUGUCUCACCUGGUCACCAGGAGUCCCUUGAAAAAGAAUGGGAUCGGCUCCACGUUAGACCCAGAUGUGCCAAAACCAGCCGGCCACAGGAGACGAUCUCACCACUAUGCGGACACUAAAGGGGAUGGGCAUGCCGCAGGCAGAUUUCAGGAAGACCAAUCUACCUCAGACGCUCCACAGAGCUCCAAAGGCGAUCAGGCGCUCAGCCCCGGCGCAGGCAAGUUGAAAUUUUACGAGAGGCUGAAGAAGCUGACUGCUACGCUGGCCCAGAAGAGAGUGCGAAAGGCCGGCGGCACACCAGUCGACCAGCAGGGCGAAGCCGGAGGCGACGAGGAGUCACAAGGCCCAGUAAAGAAGAGGAGGAGGAGGAGGUCCAAGUUGACGAUGGAGGACAUCCAGUCUCCUGGGGUGGUGAGGAAGUUGGCGGUUCACCUGAACGCCGCAGGUGCUACUCUACCUGGUGUAGAGCAUUUGGAUACUACAACAGGGGUCAACGUGGAGGGACCGACCCAAAUGGAGAGUGUGGGCCUGACCCCGAGGGAUCUGGGAGAGCGUGUUCUGGUUGAACAGGAGGGGACGACCCAUCGCAUCUCUGUGUCCAGCUCCAACAAGAGAAUGUUCCACCUGCUCAAAAGGGCAAAAGUUCAGCUAAUCAAAAUUGACCAGCAAAAACAGCUUAAAUCCUCUCAGCUGUUGUCUGGCUCAGUCAAGCUGGGAGAAUCCAGUGAGACGGGGGUGAAGAGGAGGAGAAGAAGGAGGAUGGCGAGGGCGCCGAACAGGGACCUUGCUGCUAGGCAGCAGCAGUUACUCGCUGGGCCCCGCAUCAAGCAUGUGUGCCGAGCAGCGGCCGUAGCCCUUGGCCAGCCCCGCGCCAUGGUGCCCGAUGACAUCCCACGCCUCAGCGCCCUUCCCCUGCACGAGCGCGAAGGCAUCGCCCCCUCACCCACCGCAGAAGCAGGUGCAGGUGAGGCAUCAGACCCCGAGAGCGCGUCGGAUUCGGAGUGGACGACAUCGUCGUCAUGUCGCCCGGAGUUCCGUACCGGCGGCGUCCGCUCACGCCGCUGCAUGAGCUGCCCCGGCUGCCUCACGCAGGACGACUGCGGCCGUUGCGUCCACUGUCUGGACAAGCCCAAGUUCGGCGGGCCCAACACGAAGAGGCAGUGUUGCAUCCACAGAAUAUGUUCCCGCAUUGCACUGAAGAAAGCCAGGCGUAUGGGGAUCCGGAACCCCAAAGUCCAGGUGCGCCGUGGCGGGCGGUCCUCGGCCAGCGGAAACGCGUCCAGCGAGGACGAAGAAGGGGCGGCUCCACGGACGGCGCCCUCUGACCUCCAGAGCCCCUCCCCCUCCAGGAAGCAGCCUCGCAGGCACGUCACACCCCUCUGCUACAGUGACCUGCUCCGGUCCGAGUCCGAAUCGGACGAGUCCACCACCCACCAGCCCAUCCCCAGGAGGACCACCUUGAGCAACGGGGCCAUGGCCAGUCUUGCGGACGAGGAUGGCGGUAACUUCCCCAAGCCCAGGCGUCUGCCGUUUGUCAGAGCUGGCCGUCGGAGAUUUGACAAGCAGUUACCCCCCUCACAGGCCCAGGACCUCCCUCCCUCCCACUCAUCAGCGUCCGGUGGUGGUGGUUGUGGCGGCAGCAGCAGAAGUCCCUCUCUGAAGCUCCGGCUGUGCCUUCAGCUGCGGCUGGAGCGUCUGCCCCCCAGCGUAGUGCGGGCGGCCGCGGCCGGGGGACCGCUGCCGCCUCACUCCUCCUCCUCCUCCCACCAGCAGCAAGAGCAGGACGGAACGUUCCGGACUGGAGCGGGUAGCGCGGCAGAUAACGCGGCGCCCCACCAAGCUCACGCCCCCUGUGUUCCUCCUCCUUCCCAGAGCACGGCGCAGCACACCAACACCAACACACCCCCCAACUCGCUGGCAGCGCUCGCCAACCGCUUCGGCCAACGAGAGAUGGCGUCCCGCCAGGCCAACACCGCGCACAGGGUCCGCAUCGACUUCAAGGAGGACUGCAGUGUCCAGAACGUGUGGCUCAUGGGUGGUCUCAGCGUCCUCACCUCUAUCCCCAUCUCCCCAGACAGCGUCUGCCUGCUCUGUGCCAGCAAAGGAAAGCACGAGAUGGUAUAUUGCCAGGUGUGCUGCGAGCCUUUCCACAGCUUCUGCCUGAAGGAGGAAGAGCGCCCCCAGGAGGGCAACAAGGAGAACUGGUGCUGCAGGCGCUGCAAGUACUGCCACGUCUGUGGCCGCAAGAGCAAACACUCAAAGCCAGUGUUGCAGUGUCGGAGAUGUCUCUACUGCUACCACCCCACCUGUCUUGGACCCACCUACCCUAAACCCCUCAAGUGCAACCUACCCUGGGUUUGCAUGAAAUGCAUUCGCUGCAGGAGUUGUGGCAUGACCCCGGGGAAGACGUGGGACAUGGCCUGGAACCACGAGCAGGACCUGUGCCCUGACUGCAGUGUCCUUCAUAAGCUGGGUAACGUCUGCCCAGUGUGCCAGUGCUGCUACGAAGAGGCCGGCUGCAGGAAGCGCAUGAUGAAAUGUGCCCGCUGCACCCGCUGGGUGCACAGCAAGUGUGAGAAGAUCUCGGAUGAGGAGUGUGAGCGGAUGAAGAGGCGUCCUGUGGGCGGGUUCAUCUGCACGCCGUGUGGUCUGGGCAGCUGGAGGGAGGAGCUUCAGGAGGAACUACGGUCCGGCCUGCAGACAGUUCUUUCCACUCUGCUCGACUCCCCGCACACAGAGGACGUCCUCACCUGUGAACAGUGCAAAGCCUCCCCAGAGGAUGCGUGUGUGAAGAGUCCCGCAGCUGUGUGUGAUCUGCGUGCCGUCAGCAGGAAGCUGGAACAGGGCGGCUACAGUACCGUGAGAGCUUUCAGUGAGGAUGUUGCCACGGUGAUGAGGAGGAAGCUGAAGGGCGAGGAUGAGCAUCUUCCCAAUGAGCUCAAGUCCCUGUACAUGCAGUUGAUGAAGGAGGCCUUCAGUUGGCUUAAUGGAGGACAUAUGAAGACAUGGGAGCCACUUUCUCAGGAAUUCCCCAGUGGUAUGCUCCCAGAUGCGGUGCUUCCGCCCUCUGAUGAGCAUAGCUAUGCCCAGUGGCUUGAGAGAGACAACUUUCCUGCACAAGGAACUAAAGGGCUCCUGAGUCCUGGCCAAAUUAAGAGGCUGUUUCAAGAUAGCCGACAGUGCUCCCUUUGCCAGCAGCAUGGAGAUGCCAUGCCCAAUGAGGCGGGCAGGUUGUUGUAUCUGGGUCAGAAUGACUGGGCUCACGUUAACUGCUGCAUCUGGUCUGCUGAGGUGCAGGAGGACAAGGGGGCCCUGCUGCAUGUCCACAGCGCUGUGGCCAGGGGGCGCUUAAUGCGCUGUGACCGGUGUGGCCUGUCGGGGGCGACUGUGGGCUGCUGCCUCAGCUCCUGCCAGAGUAACUUCCACUUUAUGUGCGCCCGGAUCCGCAACUGCGUCUUUCAGGAGGACCAAAAUGUGUAUUGCCACAAGCACUGUGACCUCAUCAAUGGCAAGGAGGUGACUGGUAGUGGUUUUGAAGUUUUGCGGCGCAUAUAUGUGGAUUUUGAAGGAUUCAGUCUCCGCCGGAAGUUCCUCACAGGCCUGGAGCCAGACAUCAUUAACAUGAUGAUUGGCUCUCUCCAGAUCCAUCAUUUGGGGGUGUUGUCAGAGCUGUCUGCAAACUCAGGAAAGCUGUUCCCCGUGGGUUACCAGUGCUCCCGCUGGUACUGGAGCACAGUGAACCCUUAUGUCCGCUGCAAGUACACCUGUCAGGUGAGGGAGGCUCAGCCCAGCCCGCCAAAGCAAGUGUUCCGAGAUGGCCACUGCCAGGGCAGCAACCAGACCAUUGCCCACAGUCCAACACCAGUCCAGGCCAUGGAGACCAAAGCUGCGGCUACAUCACAGCCUGUGGAGAUUCCCAUUGGUACCCAGUCACCGAAAGCCAAACUGGAUGCUGGAUCCAAAUCAGGUUACUCACACCUUAGAAGGCCAGUAGGAGGACUAUGUAGACCGCUACCUUCCCCAGGUAACGCCAGCUCCAAGUCCCAUCACAUCCUGACCAUCAGCGAUCUUGACGAAACCCGCCGACCUCGUCGCCUCAGCACGACCGUGCGGGGACGCAACGCCUCCCCCCCUCGAGCCGAAAGCAGCCCACUUCUCCCCAGGUCGCUUCCCUUCAGCUCCCCAAACCGAUCCUCCCCCUCCUCCCCGACAUCUCCACUCGCCACCUCCGGACAUUUGCCUCUUCACGCUGCUGUCGGCAACCUCCCCGCAACACUCCGCCACUCGCCAAGAGUUCCGCAGCCGUUCCGCGUCAGCCAGCCCGAGUCAGCGGAGGUUCCGCAAGACUUCCUGGCUUCAUCCGAGCCCGAGGAUGCCGCCGAGAUGCCCAUCUACGGCCUGGACACUGAGCAGCAUACUGGUGAGCAGGCCAUCCUCUUAGUCGCAGACGAGCUGUCUGCCGACCCAAACAACGGCGACGAGGAUACGGUGAUUUUAGUCACGGACCAGGGGGUACCCUAUGGACACUUCGAUGUGGAUGCAGACGAGGCGGUAGCCUCGGUGUUGAACGCCAAGCUGGAGUUCAACGAGGCCCUGCUGCACGAGGACAUGGUGCUUCAGUACAGAGCUCACACAGGUGAGUAUGAGGAAGACGAGAUGAGAGAAGGGGAGGAAGAAGAAGAAGGAGGAGGAAGAGAUGAGAUGGAGGUUGCCCAGACUGAAGAGUACUCUGUAGAUGCAUGUACGUCAACCGGCUCCAAAGAACCCUCUCCUCCCAACUCUGCAGUGGAAGUGCUGGGGAACGACUCCUCGGAUGACGAUGGUGGCGACAACAAUGUGGACCACUAUUUGAAUUUCUCGAGGACCGUGGUUUUGUACGAUGCGUCCAAGGACGCGGCACAAGCAGGCCUGUCCUGCCUUCCUACUUCAGGGACCAUCUCGCAGCUGGAUGGAGCUGACAACGAAUCGGAGAGCGACGCAGGGGAAGUGACGGGAGAAGACGAUUCUCAGGAAAUGGGAAUGCCAUCGUCUCAGGAAUCAGAGCCAUCAUCAGGAACAAGUUCCAGUGAAGGACAUGCUAGUACUGUAACAACAUUAAAAAUUUGUUCUAAAACUUCUGCUGCAGCAGCAUCAGUUGCAUCGUCAAAACCUGUAAUCCUUGUAGGUACUCAAAACAGUGUCUUGCUGGACCACAAGACUGGCAAGUUUGUAUCUGCAGAUGUUGGCUCGACAAUAGAUUUGACAAAAGAUUCCCAAGAUGGCGACUCUUCAACAGACUCUGUAAGUAUGGACGAAGUGAUGCCACAGCCAGAUGUACGACAGCUGUCCGUUAAAACCCGACCUUUUAGCAACCCAAGGGUGCGGCUCAUUGAAACGUCAUCUGCACCAACCCACAUAACUGUGAACCCACCAGUUGCUUCCUCUCGACAACCUCGGAAGAAAGUAGGUAAGAUCCCCGCACCUGUGGGUAGGCCUCGUAAAAUCAUCCCAUCUACCUCCUCGCCAGCGUUCCGUGCUGUACCCCUAAAAGAUCCCGUAACUGCGGCUCCUAUUGUAAUCAAUGGUUUUGGGUCACCAUCACAACUGAACGAAACCCCUAAAGGAAAACCGAUUGCCAUUCGCCUGACUACCCCAAAGCCGAUACAACCACAGGGAGGUGUAGCGACGGGCACAUCCAAGCCCCCUCAGAUUCUUCUGGUCAAUCGCUUCGGUCAGAUCCUGGUGAAAGACCCUCAGAGCAACACCUUCCAGAGCCCCAAUGCAGCAUCAUCGCCUUCCCUUAGCAACAUCAGCCAGAUCGCCAAGAUCAUCCACAGUCGGAACGUCCUGCCACGUCCAGUUCCAAAGAUUCUGGUGGCCCCCGUUUCUUCGCAGUGCACUGUGGUGCCUCAAAGUGUGGGAGUCACAACACACAUCAUCUCUUACACCAGCAGUUCUGGCUCAGCAACCCCCACUAAUGUCUGGGUGCGGAAGUUGAACAUGCCCGAAGGAGCGGUGCUAGCCCAGCAGGUCACUCAAAGCCAGAGCGGCAAACCCUCCAACGUCCGAAUUAAGAAUGUCACCAUUCCCCCCAGAGGUCAGAGCCAGGGAGAAAUGGCUCAGGCUAUUAUCGACAAAGCAAUGGCCAGCCACCGCGACGUACUACGAUCUCCCAACCUGAGCCCGUCCCAGUUCACGGUACACCCUUUCCUGAACAAACUGGAGUCUCCUCAGCCGAUAGCAACUCUCCCGUCGGAACUGAAGAGAACCAGGCCAGCUAUUCUGGCCCGAUCGGCGCCCCAGGUGCGGGUUAAGAGGGUAUCCUCUGUGUCUGAACGCGUCGGAGUAAAGAAAUGUCGGGCAGACUUCUUGCCACCGGCGCCCCCUACGGACAAGGAGGAUCCUAAUGGCAGCACAGCAGCCUCCAGAGCUAGUGGCGUUCGUAUGAAAACUCCAUCAUCAAAGGAUAUCUUGGCCCUUGAUCAGCUAAAACCUGACUGUCCUGAACAGCCAAAACCUGACGUCCCCAAACCAGUUGUUUCCAAAAGGGAGACGGCUAAAGAUGACCGACCAACUGUCCCCAAAGAAGCUAACGGUGGAGUCCCGGCAAAAACCCACGUUUGGGUUAGUGCUCGAGACGGUGACCUAUCUGACUGGGGUCCCUACUCAGGGUUGAGUUCCGAUGAGGAGUCUUCGCCCCCUAAGCGGUCACCCACCGAGUCACCGAUGAAGGACCAGCCUCGUUUGAGCUUCGUCAUCACCAGCGACGACGGCUUCAAGGUGGAGGCUGACAGUAUAGAAGUGGCGUGGCGUGCGGUGUUGGAGGGCGUCCAGGAGGCGCGGAUCGGCUGCGGGAUGCGGCAGCUGCCCGUGAGCGUGCUCAGCGGCGCCCAGCUGCUCGGCGUGGUGCACAACGCCGUGCUCUACCUGCUGGAGCAGCUGCAGGGCGCUUCCAAGUGCGGCGGGUACCGUUUCCGUUUCCACCCACAGGAGAAGCCCGAGGAGGAACUACCCAUCAACCCCAGCGGCUGCGCUCGGGCCGAGAUCUACCAGCGGAAGUCCACCUUCGACAUGUUUGACUUCCUGGCGUCUCAGCACCGAAAGCUCCCAGAGUACACGGCUCUAGAUGAAGAGGAGGACGACCUCCCACUCAAAUCCACCAGGCGCGCCACCAACAGCGAGCUUCCUGUGGCCAUGAGGUUCAGGCACUUGAAGAGAACCUCCAAGGAAGCUGUGGGGGUCUACAGGUCUCCCAUCCAUGGGCGUGGUCUGUUCUGCAAAAGGAACAUUGAGGCGGGUGAGAUGGUGAUCGAGUAUGCCGGGAAUGUCAUCCGAUCCGUUCUCACAGACAAGCGGGAAAAGCACUACGACAGAAAGGGCAUUGGCUGUUACAUGUUCCGAAUCGACGACUUUGACGUUGUGGAUGCCACGAUGCAUGGCAACGCGGCACGAUUCAUCAACCACUCGUGCGACCCCAACUGUUACUCGCGCGUCAUCAGCGUAGACGGUCUGAAGCAUAUCGUCAUCUUCGCUCUGCGGAAGGUCCUCCGCGGCGAGGAGCUCACGUACGACUACAAGUUCCCCAAGGAGGACGCCAACAGCAAGCUGCACUGCAACUGCGGUGCUAGGCGCUGCCGGCGCUUCCUCAACUGAAGAGGGCGCUAGCCAGCAAUGAGGCGCUAACAAAGAGAGAAGAGAAAAAAAAGAAGAAAAAGUGGGUGGAGGACAAGGAAAGACAGGACUUGAGUUGCGUCAAGGUGGAAGUUAUGCUGCUCCAUUAGGGUGUAGGGUGGUAAAUCCUCUGGAUUCAGGUGUAGGUUUGCCCUGUAGUAAAAAAAAAAGAAUAAAAAAAAAAAAGCAGACAUGUUAAGCGGUCCAGCAUAAGUGGUGUGAGCUCUAUCUACUUCAGAGGCUGGGAAGGGGAGGGGAGGUGUGGUAUGGGCAGGGAGCUUGAUGCAGGGUUAUCCACAUUUGCCUGUUACAGAGCCACACUUUCACCAACAAGAUGCUUUAAAAAAAAAAAACAGAGGGAACAAACCAGGGAACAAUGAUAUGCAUCAGGGACUAAAAGGCCCGGUCGCUCCCAGCGGUCAUGAUCUCUUUAGGGGGAGGUCUAAUCAUCAUGAAGGUGAUGAGAUUUUGUUGUUCGUGCUGAAGAAGACCCCAUGGCAAAUGACCCAUUCAUGUGAAAAUAACAUCUGGAUUUUGUCCCAUUUUGUCCCACUUCCCUCAAUUCUUCAUACUCACGACUGAACCAUUCUUGCCACUGUACUCUUCACCUCUAAAAACUCACAACUUGGCCCCUUAAUCCUCCCUUCCGCUUAUUAAGAGAGUUCCUUCUACUCUCUCUCCUCUCUCCUCUCUCCUAGGACUCGUUGCCUCCUGUCAUGAGCAGGUUAUAUAUAUGCUUGACUCUUCUGAGCCUAAGAGAGUACUGUGGUGUGAUCUCAUGUCUUUUGCUGAAGCGCAACCCUCUGGGCAGUGUGGGUAAAACUGACAAAAGAACCCUCUGCAGUCCCUCAUCGGGUUCGUCGGGUUGAACCCACAAUGUCUUUGGACAGGCCAGGUUAACAGUCUCAAACAGGGACUCGUUGGAAAUGCAGCUUUAUCACACAGCAAACAAACGGUCUCGUCACUCUUUGACGUUUGUUGGAGCAGCUAUAUUUUUUACUGCAGAACUAUUGAAAUGCAGGGAAGAUGUGAUGUUUCUUUCUACUGAACACCUUGCUGUUUCGAGUGACUUAAAUCUAUGUAGGUGCUACUUGAAGACAACCAACUCUUACCAGUGAAGUAGACCCAGUUCAUAAGUAGAGCCUGCUUUGAUCCUGUAUAGAGAAAAAAACGCUUUUCUAGAUUUUCUUUUUAUUUUCUUUGGUUUUCUUUAUGGCUGCUGUGACCAGUUCAUAGAGGUUCUUAGGCACCCAGAGUGGAACAAAACAUUACAAAUUCACCUCCCCUAAAAUAAUUUUAUGAUUGUUGUUUUUUGUUUGUUUGUUUUUUUUGUCCUAGUGAUUGUUCAUAACAGAAAUACAGUAGGAACCCUUGAAGUGUUAUAAUACAGCAUCCUCAGAACAGCCAUUUCUCUGUCCUCCUUUGUGUUUUACCAGCACAGCAGCGGAGCCCUAUUCCAUCGUUGGCCUCGAUCUUGUUGAGAUGUUGUUGAAUCCUAAAGUGGCAUCAAGGACUACAGAAUAGACACAAAACCCCAAACGUAGCCUCCCUGACCCUCAAUGUCAGCAGAUCUCCUUAGUCUGUAAGGAGUGGGCGUGGUGGGAAGUAUGUUGUUGCUUGCUUGAAUGGGUGACCUCUUCUGACAGUCCAGAACUUCAUGUUUUGCUUUACCAGUAGUCAGGUCGGAAAUGUACAGGUGCACACAUUUAAAUUUUGAGUGAUAACUUACCUGCUGUUCUAGCACAAAUUUGAAAAUGUUGUCUGUAUAUAGUUGUCUACAGAAAUUUCCUAACUUGUUCAAAUUUUUUACGCACUUUUUUUAAUUUAUGAUGCUAUGAUCUAAAAUAAAGGUGUUAAUGAUGUUUGAA